GGGGAAGGAGAGAGAGAGAGAUAAAAAGAAAGGAGAGAGAGAGAGAGAGAGAGAGGAAGGAGAGAGAGAGACGGCAGCGCGUCAUUUUUAGCUCAGGAGCGUGUUGGGUGUCUGGAGCUGAAUUUAGACCGGACCUGUGUCUGAGUGUGUGUGUGUGUGUGUGUGUGUGUGUGUGUGUGUGUGAGUGAGUGUGUGUGAGAGUGAGUGUGUGUGAGAGUGUUUUCCAGUCAGUGUUGUUAUUGCCGCUCAGAGAGUGAAGCUUAUCAGAGGGCGUGUGUGAGUGUGUGUGUGUGUGUGUGUGCGUGAGUGUGUGUGUGUGUGGAGGAGAUGGUUCCUUCAGCAGGAUGAACCGGAGGAAAGUCGUGCCCGGGUCCGUCCCCUGCUCCUGCGGUCUGCUCCUCCUGCUCCUGGUCCUCCUGUGUGUCUCCGCGGAGGUCUACGCAUCUCUUCUGGGUGAACGGCGACUGAGGCGCGCUCCCAGAGACAGUGCAGGCAGACGACAGCAGCGGGCAUUCAGCCUCAGAUUCCACAAAAUUCAAGCCGAGCGUUUUUUGCAAGAGUCGCUGGUCUCAGAUGGGGGAUUCUUGAACGCGGUGCAGAGUGCAGCGCCGCUCUCCUGUUCGCAAGGCUUUGAAGAGCUGGGAUACUACAACGGCUCAGUGUCCCGCACGGACUCGGGCUCCCCCUGCCUCAAGUGGACCGACUUCCCGGACUACAUGCGUCUGUACCCGGGCCGAGGCCUGGGGGACCACAACCGCUGCCGGAACCCAGACCAAGAGGCCAACCCCUGGUGCUUCUUCAGGCAGAGCUCUGGUGCCAUCGGCUGGGCGUACUGCGACUGCCAUCAGGGUGCGGCCCGAUUGGCGGGGGGAUCGUCCGGCAGCAACGGGCGUCUGGAGGUGUACCUGAGCGGCCGGUGGGGGGCUGUGUGUGACACGCACUGGACCGACCGCGACGCCAGUGUCAUAUGCAGACAGCUGGGACUUGGGGAGAUCGGCACAGCCCUGCAGGAUUCCUACUUUGGCCCGGGAUCGGUCUUCCACUACGAGCGCCUGGGUUGCCGCGGUAAUGAGAAUUCCCUGCUGGAGUGCCGGAGCCGGAAGUUUGUCGCCAGCGACUGCAACCGCGGCAACGAGGCCGGGGUGGUUUGCGCUGAGCCCGAAGGCACUGGCAUCCCUCUGAGGCUGGUCGGGGGCCAGGAGGACUUUGAGGGCCGCGUCGAGGUUUACCACGGUGGCAGGUGGGGAACUAUUUGCGAUCGCCAGUGGGACGACACUGACGCUGAGGUGGUGUGCAGACAGUUGGACCUGGGGGGUGUGGCCAAAGCCUGGAGAUGGCCCGGCUCAGGUCGGGGACUUGCUCCCAUCUUGCUUAGCGAGGUGAAGUGUACAGGUAACGAACUCUCGCUGGAUGAGUGUCCUCACAACAACUGGGAGCAACAGAAGUGCGACGGCGCGGAAGCCGCCGGGGUUUCCUGCAACCCAUACACAGACGGUGCCGUCCGACUGGCGGGAGCAGACAAUCACUGGAAGGGUCGCGUUGAGGUUUACCACCGGGGAGAAUGGGGCACUGUAUGUGAUGACAGCUGGACCGUGCUCAACGCCCAGGUAGUGUGUAGGCAGCUGGGCUUCAGGGGCCGAGCGGAAGUGGCCCCCGACGAGGUGUAUGAGGAAGGUCGUGGGCUGAUCCUGCUGGACGACGUGCGGUGUCUGGGGUCAGAGGCCACUUUACUGGCCUGCACUCACUCCGAGUGGGGCCAGCACGACUGCUCCCACAGCGAGGAUGUAGGAGUCCGCUGUGAGACAGGAGGCGGUGCCAGGGACUUACCGGGCCCAUUGCCUCCCGGAGGCCCUCUGGUGCGUUUGGUCGGCGGAGAGAGCAGGAAGGAGGGCAGAGUGGAGGUCUUCAUCGAGGGCCAGUGGGGAAGCGUGUGUGAUGACGGCUGGAAUGAUGUCAAUGCAGCUGUAGUGUGUAAACAGCUGGGAUUCACCGGCAGGGCAAAGGCCCGAUCCAUGGCCUACUUCGGCGAGGGUCAAGGUCCCAUCCACCUGGACAACGUCCGAUGCUCCGGCGCCGAGGCGUCCCUAGAGCAGUGCGCCGGUGUGGGCCAAGAAGGCCACGACUGUCGCCACAGUGAGGACGCAGGCGUCAUUUGUGACUACACCCUGGAUCCCCUGGGGGACGGUACCAUGGCAACGCAGACCUGUGGCCUGAGACUGAACAAUCAGCGGCGGCGACGAAGGAUCAUAGGAGGGGAUAAGGCGCUGAGAGGCGAGUGGCCCUGGCAGGUGUCUCUGUGGCUCAGGUCUCAGUCCACGGGCAGUCACCCUCUGUGUGGAGCGUCGCUCAUCAACGCCUGCUGGGUGGUCACAGCCGCCCACUGCUUCAAGAGAUUCGGCAGAGAUCCGACCCGCUACGUGCUGCGCCUGGGCGACUACCACACCGAGGAGCAGGACGACUUUGAGCGCACCUUGUCUCCCGAACGCAUCGUCAUCCACAGGAAGUACCACAGUCAGGACUGGGAGCACGACAUUGCCCUGCUGCGGCUCAAGGGCACAGAGGGCAACUGCGUGUCGUUCAACCCUCACACGGGCGCAGUGUGCCUGCCGGAGGCGGGCAACAAGUGGGAGAGGAGGCCCGCCGCCUGCGUGAUCACUGGCUGGGGCAUCACAGACUCGGAGUACUCCCGGACCCUGCUCCAGGCCUGGGUGCCCCUGCUGCCGGCUUGGAAGUGUAAGAAGCGAUACGGCGAUCGCUUCACCAGCCGAAUGCUGUGUGCCGGGAGCCUGUCAGAGCGCCACCGCGUGGACAGUUGCCAGGGCGACAGCGGGGGUCCGCUGGUUUGCCAGGGGGAGGGAGGCCGUUGGGUGCUGACGGGCGUCAUCUCCUGGGGUCACGGCUGUGGCAAUCCCGCCUUCCCCGGCGUGUACACUCGCGUCAGCAGGUUCCUGAGAUGGAUCGACAAGGUCAUCAACAAACCCUUCAAGGACUAAUGAUGGAGAAUGACACCUGGUGGUCUAGUGUCAUUGAGCGGCUUCUGGGCUUGUCGCAGCCUGUUGGCCAUCGAACUGUGUCGUGCCUCUUCCUCUUCAACGCUGAGCUCUUCAUAUCAUGUGUUUUUUUCCAACAUCACUUCAAACAGCAUGUAAAUAACAUUGUAUAUUUUUUCUCUCACUGUGAAUUGUGGUACUGAAAAUUUCCCCAAAACUUCUACAUGUUCCUGUUUCUUGCACCUCUUCUUCAUUUUUCAUUCCUCACUCGCAGAAUAGUGUUUUGAACUGAAAAGCAGAAAAGCACCAAGGACUUACCGGUGCUUUGCUGACCAAUAAGGUUGUGAUGCUGUACAAUGCUCGCCUUCCAGCAGUUUAUCCACAGAAAGCCAUUAAUGUGACGGCUGAGGGUAUAUGGUUUGGUUCAUGCUCCCAACAGCAGACCCUAUUGUUGAGGCAAGUGGAAAUGCACAUGUUCAUGGCUGGGCUAUGCAGAGCUGGUCCAGACUUUUGGAUUUAUCAAAAUUCAUUCACACGUUAUUCUCUAACCAGAAUCGUCAUCCCCAUCUAACAAACUGGAAUAGGACAAGUCUGAACGACUUGAGAUCUGUGGCAACAUCAUUUUAAUCCGACUACUUAGAACCACGUGGACCCACAAAUACCACUACUGGGAAUAUGUGAGGCUGUUAAAUAGUGUCACUCUGUAUGUCACUCAAGCAUUUGGGGAACUUGACAAUGAAAAUUUCAUGCAAGGCCAGAGCCAGAGGCAGGGAAAGAAAGACAGAGAUGGAGAAAAAUAAAGUGUGUAGAAUAGUAUUUCACUGAAUUUGUACAAAGAGAGAAAUUUGAUUUGUUUCACUAACAUUCCACGUGUGCAUAUGUGAAACUACACUACAGGCAAGUCAUCAUUCACUUUUUCAUUGUUAUUCAUUCAUGACAUCCUUGUUGCUGAAUGUAUCUGCUAAAAUCAUAACUAAUUACAGAUCUAUAGAAUCAUUUUUGUCGUCAACUACCAAAUGGUAGAAAGUGUAUAGAAGAGUAUAGUAGUAUAUAUAGUAAUCCAUUGAUAGGCUGUGUACAUCGACCUGGACCUAAGAAGCCCACAAAAUCCACAAGUUGACUGUUGGUUUAAUUUGUUUGUGGUCAUUUGUUUAACUGUUACUAUGUUUGGGGAUAAGGGAUUAAGGAUGUUAUCAACUGUAUGUGGUGAGAGCCUUAAAGCCUCAUCACCUGAUCGUCGGGCAAUGUCUUAGAAAAAACCCGACACCCUUCAACAUUCAGCCGAACAUUGUUCUUAUACUUGGUAGAUAAUGCUAAAUUAAUUUGUAUUUAUUUUCAGGAAUACUGUACAGAAACCACUUAAGUAAAUAAUUCAGUUCUUUGUUCUUGUUCUGCACUGGCUGAUGUAAUUUUCAUUUUUCUUAUCAUUUUGGUUUUGGCGGAAAAGUCAUCAGUGUUGACAUUCAAAAGUGAGACAAUGGAUAAAUUAAAACAUUGCUGUAAGUGA